AUGCCUCUCUUAGACGUAAGACUCAUGCAAGACGAACAGCUACUAGACCAGAUCUCCAAAGAAGAGGGAAGAAAAUCCACACCCAACCAGGUUGGUGGUGUCACCGGCUCAACAUUUCUGAAAGAAUUCCAGGUGAUGAUUUGCUUAAUGCUGGUGGACCUUUGUGAAAAGUUCACUUUCUAUGGCAUUGUCUGCAACAUGAUCCUUUUCUGCACUGUCAAGCUCGGCUAUCACAAUUACCAGGCAGCCGUGAUCAAUCUCUGCUUUGUGGGAGCCUGCAUGGUGACACCCGUUUUGAUGGGCUGGCUGGCCGAAUGCCCAGUUGGGCGGAUCAGAUUGGUGUAUAUUUGCGCAUUGCUGCAUUUUAUAGGUACCGCCUUGUUACCUGUCGUCGCCUUCCCCUUUGAAGACUUUUUCAUCGAUAAGCGCUACGUCCUUCACACCUUGGCUAAACGGGAGCAGGAGGCCCUCUUUUACAUAGGGCUGUUUGCCACUUGCUUGGGCUCAGGAGGAAUAAGAGCCAUAGUGUGCCCCUUAAGUGUAUACAACCUUGAUGAACAUGGACAAAAGGAGCUUCUGUCCUUUUUCAACUGGUUUUAUUGGCUGGUAAACUUAAGUUCAGCCAUUGUCUUCAUCAGCAUUUCGUACAUCCAGCAAUCGGUGGCCAAAAACCUUGGCUUCCUUAUUCCCUUUGUGUCUGUCCUGAUGGCUCUGAUCACAAUUCACAUGGCGCGCAGUGAAAUGAUUUACCACCCUCCAAAAGGGAGUUGCCUGUUGACAGUCUGUGGCGUAGUUGCUAAUGCGCUGAAAGUGUGUUUUGUAAAAUGUCGAUACUUCAGUGGGAAUGUCACAAACUGGCUAGACCAUGCCAAGGAAAACUAUGGCGGCAAGUACAGCGAAAGUCAAGUGGAAAGCACAAAAUCGCUUGUCCGCCUCUUUCCCCUCUUUUUCUUCCAAAUCUUCUACAGAUUGUGUGUUAUACAGAUACCUUCAGGAUUUUAUCUGCAGACCAUGAAUUCCAAUUUGAAUUUGAAUGGAUUCCUCUUGCCAAUAGCAGCCAUGAAUUUGAUCAGCAUCCUGCCAUUCUUAAUUCUGGCUCCGGUUCUAGAGUGCCUCAACACUUGUCUCUUCAACACCAAAUCAAGUGGAUGGUCCCCGACAGCCUGUAUUGGUUACACAUCUGCCACCCUCUCAGUGAUGGUUGCUGGGUUUUUUGAGGUACACAGGAAACAUUUCCCUGUGGUGGAACAGACUCUUUCAGGCAAAGUUCUCCUUGUUUCCUCCAUGCCGUGCGUCCAUCUGGCCCCACAAUACAUCUUGCUUGGUGUGGCAGAAGCUCUGGUGACUCCCACCUGUUCCUUCACUAUAUUCAAGUUUGUACCCGGCAGAAUUCGUGGGAUUGCCAUGCAAGUCUUGACAUUCUUCAGUGGCGCUGGCUGUAUUAUGGGGGCAUUUCUUGUUCAAGUGGCCUACAUUGGCUCACAAGGUGACUGGUUUCCAAAUAUGCUAAAUGAGGGCAAAUUGGAGAGAUUUUACUUCUUCUUGGCCUCAUUGAUGAUGAUUAAUACUUUGGGCUUCUGGACUAUUUCACACAGAUUCAAUAAUCUGCCGCAAGACGACGAUGAAGGAUUCCGGGGGAGUCUUCUUCAAGAGCAGCUUUUACAGCAUGAGAAAUCGCUUAAAUUUUAUGACAGUAUCCUGGAUUGUCCGUCCCCUUUGUCCCCCGUGGAGACUCUCCUGUGA